GUGACCCUAUUGACCCAAUUCUCAAUCUCCAUCUCCAUGGCGACUCCCAUCUCAUCUAUCCCCUUCCAACAAAGAAUCCCUGCUAGAAACACCCUACAGAGAGUCCUAGACCUUAUCAUCUUCUCUCUCUUGUUUCUCCUUCUCUUGUAUCGUCUACAAUCAUUCAACGUUCAUGGCGUAGCUUGGAAGCUUGCAUUCUUGUGCGAGUCAUGGUUCACCUUCGUUUGGAUCCUCAACAUGAAUGCUAAAUGGACUCCUGUUGAUUACACCACUUACCCUGAACGCCUCUUACAAUGGGCUGGUGAUGAGCUUCCCCCAGUGGACAUGUUUGUGACAACAGCAGAUCCAGUUCUUGAACCCCCAAUUAUCACUGUCAACACUGUUCUCUCCUUGUUGGCUGUGGACUACCCAGCUCACAAGCUAGCUUGCUAUGUCUCUGAUGAUGGUUCUUCUCCUCUUACCUUUUAUUCUCUUGUGGAAGCAUCUAAGUUUGCUAAGCUGUGGGUUCCUUUCUGCAAAAAGUAUGAUGUUCAAGUUACAGCACCCUUCAUGUACUUUUCUACUGAGCCCAAUCCAAGUAGUUCUUCCCAUCUCUCAUCCGACUUCCAAUGGGAAUGGAAGAAGAUUAAGAAUGAAUAUGAAGAGCUUAGCCAAAGAAUCGAAGAGGCUGCUCAGAAACCCAUUCCAUGUGAUCUGACCGGAGAAUUUGAAGCUUUCUCAAAUAUAGAACAUGGAAACCAUCCCAGUAUAAUUAAGGUCAUAUGGGAGAACAAGGGAAAUUUUCCAGAUGGGGUGCCACACCUGGUGUAUUUGUCCAGAGAGAAGAGGCCCAAAAACCAACAUCAUUACAAAGCAGGGGCCUUGAAUGUCUUGACCAGAGUCUCGGGAGUGAUGACAAACUCCCCUUUCAUGCUCAAUGUGGAUUGUGAUAUGUUUGCAAACAACCCAAAGAUUGUUCUUAUGGCAAUGUGUCACUUACUUGGUUCUGAAAAAGAAAGCGAAAGCGGAUUUGUUCUGUACCCACAAAAGUUCCAUGGAGCCUCAAAGGAUGACCCAUUCGGAAAUCAAUUGGUUAUGCUGCAACAUGUUGUGUUCCGUGGAUUAGCAGGAAUACAAGGGCCUUUAUGUGGUGGAUCAGGAUGCUUUCAUAGAAGGAAAGUUAUAUAUGGACUAUCACCGGAUGAGGCAGAAACUAAAGCAAGAUAUAUGAGUUUAAUUAAUGGAAAAUCACCUUACGAAGCACUUCGAGCGAAGUUUGGAAAUUCUAUUGAACUUACGGAAUCAGCGGGUCGGGUAUUGUUUGUGAUGAGUGAAAACCCGAACCAUCCAAAAGAUCUUCUGAGCUCUGUCAAGGGAGCUAUCUCAGUUGCAGCUUGUGAUUACGAGUCCAACACACAGUGGGGUAAACAGGUAGGUUGGGUCUAUGGCUCCACAACUGAAGACGUCCUCACUGGACUCAGGAUUCAUUCAAAGGGCUGGAAGUCCAUAUAUUUUUACCAGGAUCCAACUGGAUUUCUCGGGUGUGCACCCGUGACUGGGCCCACAACAUUGACCCAAAUGAAGAGAUGGUCCACUGGUUUACUAGAGAUUCUAUGGAGCAACAACAGUCCCAUCAUCGGCACCCUCACUGGAAAGCUUCAGUUCCGACAAUGCUUGGGCUAUCUCUACAUAUUGAUUUGGGCUCUGCGAUCUUUCCCUGAAAUGUGCUACACUCUACUGCCAGCCUACUCUAUCUUCACCAAUACCAAUUUCUUACCAACGGUCUCCGAACCGGCCUUCUUUGUUGUUGGUUCUCUUUUUGUGGUUUACAACCUUAGCACCCUAUCAGAAUACCUCCGACUUGGCUUACCGGUCCGAGCAUGGUGGAACAACCAGAAAAUGGCGAGGAUACAAUCAUCUACUGCGUGGUUGUUUGGGCUAUUGGCUGUCAUUCUCAAGCUAUUAGGCAUAUCAGAGACUGUCUUCACAGUAACACGGAAAGAUCAAAGCACACCAAGCGAAGGUAAUGGUGACACGAACUCCCAUAGCGGCUGGUUCACUUUUGACGAGUCGCCAAUCUUUGUGCCGGCCACAACCCUCUUACUCGUUCACCUAACUGCGCUUGCAUUGGCUAGUCUGAGGGUUCAGCCUUUUCAAACAGUCCAUGCCGGCUGGUGCAGACCGGGGAUUGGUGAGAUCAUUUGCAGUACCUGGAUAGUGUUGAGCUUCUUGCCAUUUCUAAAAGGUCUUUUCCGAAGAGGAAUUUAUGGGAUCCGCUGGUCAAUCUUGUACAAGUCCACCACUUUGGCCUUACUCUUCAUGUACUUCUCAAUGCUUAUGGGUUCAAAAGUUCAAACCGUUUGAAGAUUUAUUCCAUCUUUCAAAGUUCUUACUUUGUAGCCUUGUCACCCACCCCACCAGGUCAAGUGAAGACAGGAUUUGGUCCAAGAGGUCAAGAUCUUGUUACAACCUGCCCUUGUCUGAACCCCCAAGAGUCUAGUCUAAUCUAAAGGUGUUAGUGUUAGAAAGUAUAUAUAGAAAGAUUUCUUCCAAUGCUUUUAUUCAACAGAAAAAAAAAAAAAAA